AUGCCAGUCGUUCAGCUGGGAGCUUGCACUGUUCGAUCUCAUGGAAUCAGAGUGGCGAGGUUCCACAUGCAUGAUUGGCUCAUCCUCGUACUGUUACUGGGGCUGGUUGUUGGCGUGCUCCAAAUAGAACCGUUCCAUCGCUUUGUUGGCCAAGACAUGAUGACAGACCUGAAAUACCCUCUCAAAGAUGACACAGUGCCCGUUUGGGCAGUUGGAGUCUGUCACUAAACUAAAGUGUCAAAAUUAGUAUAUUCUAUGAACAAUUUGCUGCUGGUGCUAGUUAAAACUGUUAUGUCAACGAAGAUAUUUAUGUUCCUCUUUGGUUCUGACAGCAUCUUUGUUAUCUAAUUACAGGUUGUGGCAAUUUUAUUGCCUGUCAUAAUCUACAUUGUAAUCUACUGUUGGAGAAAGGACGUAUAUGAUUUGCAUCAUGCUAUUAUUGGUAAGUCUCCUUUACCGCUAAUUUUCGAGUAGAACUUCUGCUCAUGACUAAGUCAACUGCCUGCAUGCAGGGAUUCUAUACUCUGUGCUUAUAACUGGACUAAUAACAGAAGUGAUCAAGACUGCUGUUGGUAGACCUCGACCCGACUUCUUCUGGCGAUGUUUUCCAGAUGGGAAGGCAGUGAGUCAGAAUAUUUUUUCUCAUCUUUCUCUCACUAGAUUUUUUUGUCAUUGUUAGCUUUCUACGUGGCUCAGCAAAGCUGGCUCUUAUUACAUCUGUGGUGUAUGUUGUCCAGGCUUUUGAUUCCACUGGAGACGUAAUUUGCAAUGGGGUGAAGAAAGUUAUUAAGGAAGGGUACAAAAGUUUUCCCAGCGGUCACGCAUCUUGUAAGAACCUGAAAAACUUAUAAUUUUGACUUCUUCGAUUGUUCUUCCUACUGAAAUGUUUUUGUCUCGAUGCUUCUGGAAGUAUCUUAUUUCUUCAUCCUCAUCUUUAUUAUCUCUUCUAAUAUAUUAUAUUUCACUCUUUAUCUUUAUUCUUUGAUAAUACUUCAUUUCUUGGAGAAAAUCUUCCAAGACUCUCUCCUUUAUGGAUCGGAUCCAUUGCGACUCAGUUCAUUCAUUUGCCAUAUUUUGUUAUUCCAUAGACAUACAUUUCUUGAGAAAAUUAUCAUAACUACAUCUGAACAGGGCCAAAGACUGACAUCUUCCAUGUUGAUUAACGUAGGGCCCUGUCAACGAUCACUAAGUAAUCGUUUCAUAAAUUUCUUUCCUCUGUCUAGCCCAACAUAUGUUCCUGUCCUAGUUACUUUACAUCAGUUUCACAUAGAUCUAUCUAUCUAUCUUGCGCAUGUUCUAAGUGUUUGUGAAUUAUUUAUGCACUGUACCAAACAAACAUAAUCUUGAAUUAGUGUCUUCUUCACCUUACACUCAAUACCCAUGUAUAUAACGUCUUUGCCUCCUACUUGCUGGCAAUUUAUUCCAUAUAUACUUAUCUACACUACUGGGAAUUUAACCUUCGAAGGAAAAUGUAUCCUUUAUUUUUUGUGUUACUCAUAGUGGACAGUCUCAACCAGUUUCUCAUUUCUCCAUUUUGUAUAAUAACCUUGUAAGAAUAAGCAUUCGCCUUGGAAACAUCAGUUUAUAUUUCUUCAGUCCUGCUUGCUACUCUUAUUUAUCAACAACAAUAAUAUCGCAAUUUUUUUUAUAGAUUUUGAGUCAUUCCACUGUUCAUAUGCCUUUUGAUUUUUGUGUUGUAAAUUAGAAUGCAUGGGGAAUCAACAUUAGAUAAAAACGUAAAAUACUUUUUUUCUGAAAUAUUAAUUUCUCUAUCUUGAAAUAUUAGAGGAAUACUAACUUUUCCCACCUGUGUAUGCAUUGUUUCUGGCCGUUAAUACAUGCCCAUUGUUCAUACUUUGCCUCAGUUUACGGUGCAACAGCAUUCCCAUCUCCCUUUUGGUCUGUGGUCCUUUGUUUUUCCUUUGAUCAGUUCACUAGAUGAAACUUGGAAGGUGUCUUAGGUCCUACACACCUAGAGUUGAGACUGUGGUCGACAAAAACAUGGUUUUAAUGACUUGUAACAUUUUCAAGUUGAAAGUGAAUGUCUUUGAAGUGGGAUGCCAAAUGCAAUGAACAUUCACACGGUUGAGAUCAUAGAAGUUUCCAAGAACAGAAGAAAAGAGUAAUAUCUGGGUUCUAGGGUUAGGAACCUUGGGUAAUUCGUUAUUUAUCUUUUUCAUCUACAUACUGACAUCAUUCUUUCUAAUUUUAAAAAUUUCCCUCUUGUUUCUGUGAUGACAUUACAAUUGUUCCCCUUAUGUUCAUUAUACAACGACUAGUACGGAUCCCAGUUACUAAGAAGAGUAAAAUCAAAUCCUCUCAAUAAUUAAUCAGUUUCAGCUAGUAAUAUCUAUAGUUUCAGAUGAUUUAUUCCAUCUUAUUUUUUUAAGUUUAAUAUGUUUAUUUUGUAUUUAUUCUACGAACCUACUGCUGUUUGUCCACUGUUGUCUGUAAAGUAGUUUAAUAAUUUUGAAAGAUUGGGGUUCGUUUACAACAUGUGUAAUAUGAUGAGAUAAAGACGAAGGAUUGAGGCAUUUGAUCAUUGGGGUACAUUGUUUUUAUUUCACAAAUAAUACCACAAAAAAAGGGCUACAACUAUAUUGGGAUAUGGAACAUCAUGAUUCUCCUGGUGAUGUGUGAAUUGGCACAAAAUAAAUCAGUAAGCAUUUUAGCUCUAGAAAUUCAUAUUAGUUGUUGUGUAAUGAACAUAAGGAGAACAAUUCUGAUUUCAUCACAACAACAAGAGAGAGAUUGGAAAAUUAGAAAGAAUGUUGUCAGUAUGCAGAUGAAAAAGAUAAAUAACGAAUAUUUUCGUUACCAGAAGUCAUAAAAGAGGGAAAAUCACUGUUGAUUUAUCAGGAUUUAUAUAUUGAUCUCCAUUUUUCAGACUACCUGUUGUAGUAUGAACACUCGCUUUUUUAUUUAGUUUUAUCUAUAUCCUCUUAUCAUCGUUACACAAUCAGCUGAUUUAGUUAUUCUCCUUUGGCAUAUUUUUCGUGGAGGACAAUCAUUCUGAUACUUACAUUGCAGUAUUUAUGGUGGAAUACGACAAUUUACGUGCAUGUUGACCUGCGUUUUCCGAUGGUGCAGGGUCCUUUACAGGCCUGGGUUUCCUUGCCUUGUAUCUGUCUGGUAAAAUCAGAGCUUUUGAUCGCAAAGGACAUAUUGCGAAGCUCUGCAUUGUUUUCUUCCCAUUACUUGUUGCAGCUCUUGUAGCAAUCUCGAGGGUGGAUGACUACCGGCACCACUGGCAGGAUGUCUUUGCUGGUGGUCUCCUAGGUUCGUACUGUUCGAGGUUACCAUGGAUAAAGAAUUCUCUGAGAAUUCUAUCUCACACUGUUUUUGCCGAUGCUUCCCCAGGCCUGGUGGUCGCUUCCUUCUGCUAUCUGCAAUUCUUUCCUCCCCCAUAUCACCCAGACGGUGCGCUCUUCGUCCUCCUCAUCAUAUUUUUUUCAUGAAGUCUGACAUUUCUUCUCAGUUCGUUGCUAUCAGGCUUUUUGUGAAUGAUUUUAUGCAGCAAUGUCUGAAAUAAUAAAUGCCCAGUUUCAAAAAAUCUGACACUAUCGUUUGAAGAACUGCUUCGCGUUUUGGUCUUUGCACACAUGACCUACCUUUCUUGGACUCCAUCUCCUGUUAUUUCUCCCCUAUCAGGCUAUUCGGAGUCCCACCUGAGCACUUUGUGGCUUUUCUCAUUAGUUUGACCCACCAAGCAACCAUAAGUAGAAACCCAGAAAAAUGGUAGAGCAGAGUCUUUGAGCUUCCAUCUUGAGCUUCCAUGUGGCCUGAAAUGAUUCUAUGUUUUCAAAUAGAGUAUUUUUAGCUAUGAGAUAAACAGUUUCGAGUCACCAAAAAUGUCAAAGUUAGUCAUAAAACAUGCGGGGAGAAGAAGAGAAAAUGUGUCUGAGGGAGGGUUUUCAGACAGUUUGGUCAAAUGCUCUGCAGGAAUAUUCUCUUCUCUCACUUGAUGUCUUGUAAUCAUUUUUAAUCAUCACUAUUUCUCUCUCGUGAUGUUUGGGAUCUGAUCCAGGUUUUUCUCCUCAUAUGAGAACAGGUUGGUGCACUCACGCUUAUUUGAGUAACAUGGUGGAUGCACAGAGCAAUCCCCCACAUUCUCUGUCUGUUGUGACCCCUGGCAAUGGGCAAAUUGAGACCAAUUCCUUGAAUAUCUCAACAGGCCAUGAAACCCCAGUCAACAGGGGUCCUCCAACCUCCACCCUUGAUGAUGUGGAGCUUGGGAAGAGAUAG